GAGUUCGAACACUUGAAUGAACGACAGCUACUAGAUUAUUUGGAAUUGAUUUCUUGAUUUCUGUAAACAAAUUCGUUUACAUUUCCAGAAAAUCAAUUUUCAAUAAAUGUCAAUCACCAGUCGCAAUCCUGCAGUCGUGCACAAAACUUGCAAUUCAUUUUAUUCACUCCAAUUGGGAAUUUCCAAAGCAUUUUCUUAAUGAAUGCUUUAUUUUCUCGACCAAUUUAUUGAAAUUUCAGAAAACAAAUUCAUUACCAUCAAAAGCAAGAGUUUUCGUUGGUUUUAUUCUGAAAUUUAUUAUAAUAAAAUAUUCAGAAUCUACAUUUCGAACUAAGAUGAAGCUUUUGGUUUUCAACAUCUUCCUACUCACAGUUGCUGCCGUUUUCGGUCAAACUUUCUAUCCAAAGCAUAGGGUUAUCAAAAAGUAUCAUCUCAUGACAUUAGCGCCGGUAAAUUGGUUUCGAGCCUUGCACCAUUGUCGUUUUCUUGGCAUGAAUUUAGCGAGCAUCACAUCUCUUGAGGAAAACAAUCAAAUUAUACAGCAAAUUAAAAUUGAAGGACAUGAGCGCAAGCACUUUUGGUUAUCAGGCACGAAGCUAGGGUUCAAUGAUGGUUAUCACUGGAUGGGAAAUGGGAAAACACUGACAUUCACCAAUUGGGGUGGCUUGCAACCAGAUAAUCUGCCUAACGAGGACUGCCUCCAAAUAUGGAACGUUGGAGAUGGUCCAAUAGAUGAUUCAAUGUGGAAUGAUCGAAAUUGUAGUCACGAUCUCUAUUUCAUCUGCGAAGAAGAAAAAAUUGAAUACGAAUACUGUUCAAGUUGAACGAGGGCGAUAUCAGCAAACAAGUGUACAUUACGAGAGUGUUUUUCAUCACGAAAAUAAGAUCAAGACGGAAUAUAUUUGUCAUGAUAGGAAAAUAAAUAAAUUCAUCGAGAGUUUUUUGCUAUUUGCUAAUGAAAAGAAA